AUGGCGUUUUUGCAUACACUUGAUCCACUGAUUCCCCGCCUUUAUUUAAGCAGCAAACAUGUUAUGAUUGAUGAUGAUCUCACUGCGAGGGUAAAUAUGGCUGAUGCAAAGUUCUCUUUCCAAGAAAAAGGGAAAAUGUAUAGCCCGGCAUGGAUGUCACCUGAAGCCCUUCAAAAGAAGCAAGAAGACAUCAAUGUUAAAGCUGCUGACAUGUGGAGUUAUGCUAUAUUGUUGUGGGAACUAGCAACCAGAGAAGUUCCAUUUUCUGAUCAAUCUCCUAUGGAAAUUGGAAUGAAGAUUGCUCUUGAAGGGUUGAGAAUUACCAUUCCACCUGGAAUUUCUCAACAUAUGUCAAGAUUAAUAAGGAUUUGCAUGAAUGAAGAUCCUGGAAAAAGACCAACAUUUGAUCUUAUUUUACCAAUUCUAGAAAAAAUGAAGCAGUGAUUUAAUGCAAAUUUUAAUACAUCAUCUAGUUUCUCUAACAUUAAGAACUUGAAGUUUUGCAAUUUUUGAAUCUCUAACAGAAAAAAAUUCUAAAACAUUGAGUGAUUGAAAAGCUCAGUAUGUAUUCAAGAUAUAUGGUUGCCUGUAACUU